UUGGUCGCCAUGAUAGGCAUUCAAUCCGUCGCAGCCUCCAUGGCUGAACUCUGCUCUUCGAUGCCUACUAGUGGCGGCUUGUACUAUUCCAGUGCGGUCCUGGCCCCUCCUGGCUGGGGACCUCUCGCAGCAUGGAUAACAGGCUGGUCCAAUUGGUUGGGUCAAAUUACUGGAGCCCCCUCUGUGAACUACGGCACCGCUGCCAUGACACUAGCCGCCGCCUCCAUUGUCAAUCCUGAUUUUGUACCCCAGAACUAUCAGGUAUAUCUACUUACGGUGCUGUUGAUGAUUAUACAUGCUUGUAUGGCCAGUUUACCGACCAAGACCAUCGCCAGAGUCAACAAUUUCGGAAGCUCGUUCAAUAUCGUGGCACUGGUUGUUGUGCUGAUUCUCAUUCCGGCGGGAACGAACAGGGAAGAGCAGGGCUUGCCUAGAUUUACUGGGAGCAAAGAGGUUUGGGGUGAAAUCUACGCAGGAACGGAUUUCCCUUCUGGAGUCAGUAUCUUGAUGAGUUUCAUCGGUGUGAUUUGGACAAUGAGUGGGUACGACUCACCUUUCCAUCUGGCGGAAGAAUGUAGUAAUGCUGCCAUCGCCUCCCCUAGAGCAAUCUUCCUCACCUCUGCCGUCGGCGGCACGUUUGGCUGGUUUUUACAACUGGUUGUGGCAUAUACUGUUGUCUCCAUCCCCGACGCCCUUGAAUCAGAUCUAGGCCAACCCUUCGCUGCCUACCUCGUCCAAGUCCUACCCCAGAAGACUGUCUUAGCCGUCCUAGCUCUCACCAUCAUCGCCGGCUUCUUCAUGGGCCAAGGAUGCAUGAUUGCAGCUUCUCGCGUCACUUUUGCCUAUGCAAGAGAUGAUUGUUUCCCAUUUAGCAACAUCUGGAAGAAGGUGAACAGCCGCACAAAAACGCCGGUCAAUGCUGUGUGGUUUAACACCUCCGUAGGCUGCAUCAUGCUUCUCCUAAUUUUCGGGGGUAGUCUUGCAGCAGGCGCCAUGUUCUCCAUUGGUGCCAUUGCCGCUUUUGUCGCUUUCACAACACCAAUCUUCAUCCGUGUAUUUUUCGUCGGAAAUCGCUUUCGUCCUGGGCCUUGGAACCUUGGAAAGUUCUCCAUACCUAUCGGUGUCAUUGCAUCUGCUUUUGUCAUCUUGAUGGUGCCGAUUCUGUGUUUACCGUCUGUGGUUGGUAGCAACUUGACAGAGGCAACUAUGAACUGGACGUGUUUGGUUUAUGGCGGGCCAAUGACGAUGAUCAUGAUAACACAUGAUGUUGGGACGCGAAGUUGAUGGAAGUGAUGUCUUGAUGGGCCAAGAAGUUGGUGGUGCAGAUGGCGAGGAAAUCACACCAGUCGAGGGAAAAGCUGCUGAGGCGGCCAAGGAUGUUGAGUGGAAGUGAGGUCAAGACUCGGAGAAGAACGAGAGUUGACGUGAACUUGAUAGAUCUUUUUGCGGCGUAAUUUCGA